UCAUUCUUCUUUGGCAUGUAAAUGAUUAACAUUGUCAUCUGCUGUGUGAUAAUGUCCACCUUGGCCAAAGAGGAGGCGUGACGGGCGUCUCUGGAAAUCUCCAGAAUCCAGGCGGAGAACAGCUGAGUGUGGAGGAAAAGGGUAGAGACUUCAGACUCUACAACGGACAGACACAAACUGGCUCAUGACUUAGACCCAGCGGAAAAAACAACUGAAGAAGUCGCGUAGAUUGUGCGAUUUAGGUCUCUGUGUUUGUGAGACAGAAGUGGAAAUAAUGUUAUCUAGGGCUUUAGCGCAUGUAUGUAGACUUAUGGGGGUCAUGUCCUUUGUCGUGGCUCAAAUCACGGCUCAGGAUCAGUACAUGACCAGAGCUUUGAAUCUCAUGUCUGAGACUCCUCUGAUAGAUGGUCAUAACGACCUGCCCUGGCAGCUCCGGGAACGGUUUAACAACCAGCUGAACAAAGUGGAUCUGAACACGCUGAACACUACACACACCAACAUCCCCAAGAUCAAGGCGGGGAAGCUGGGGGCACAGUUCUGGUCAGCCUUCGUCCCAUGUGAUACUCAAUACAAAGACGCAGUGAGACAGACAUUGGAACAGAUCGAUGUGAUCCACAGGAUGUGUCAGAAGUAUCCAGAAACAUUUCGCUUCACCGCCAGCAGCCAAGAGAUCAGAGCGGCGUUCAGAGACAAUAGGACGGCCUGUCUGAUCGGGGUGGAGGGGGGUCAUUCCCUGGACAGCUCCCUUGGGACCCUGCGCGCCAUGUACCUCCUGGGGGUCCGCUACCUCACCCUGACACACUCCUGCAACACACCCUGGGCAGAUAACUGGCUGGUGGACACCGAGUCUGGACACUCCGAACACAACGGGCUCUCUCCAUUUGGCAAGCAAGUGAUCAAGGAGAUGAACCGGCUGGGAAUGUUGAUAGACCUAUCCCAUAUGUCAGUGGAGGUAAUGAACCAGGUACUAAACAUGUCGGCAGCCCCCGUCAUCUUCAGCCACUCCUCCGCCUACGGCAUCUGUCCUCACAAAAGAAACGUCCCCGACAACAUUCUCCUCAAGGUGAGAGACAAAGGCGGCAUUGUCAUGAUAAACUUCUACAACGACUACGUAACAUGCAGCAGUACGGCCAACGUCUCCAAUGUAGCGGAUCACUUUGACUACAUAAAGAAAUUAGCGGGACCCAGCAUAAUCGGCUUUGGAGGAGAUUAUGAUGGAGUGAAAAGGGUACCAACGGGUCUGGAGGAUGUGUCUAAGAUGCCGGUGUUGGUAGCAGAGCUGCUGGCAAGAGGAUGGAAGGAUGAGGAAGUCAAAGCAGCUUUAGGAGAAAACCUUCUCAGGGUUCUCAAAAAGACAGAGGAGGUGCGGGACAGUCUGGCCGUUGCUCCACCAGACGACGUCCCCAUUCCAUUGGAGAAGGUGCAGAACACCUGCAGGACCAGUUAUGGUUACCCUGACAGCAGUCACCCAGACAGCAGCUCGUGGGGCUCUUCUCUCAGCUGGCUGACUGUCCUCAUGUCUUUGUUUGCCUGCCUCCAGCUCAGAGAGCAUUAGAUGGGUCUGGCUGCCUGUCUCACUCUCAGAGAGGACUCGAAAGGUCUGGAAUAUAGUCCUGCAUACUUUGUCGGCUUAGCUCAGGAGGUAGAGCAGUUGUCUUGUAACUGAAAGGUUUCUAGUUCGAUCGGUGUUGAUGUGUCCCUGAGCAAGACACUUAACCCUAACCCUAACAAUCCCGAAUGAGCAAUCACACAUAGGACUCCUUGCAAAAUAUUUCUGUUUACUACGGAAACACACAUUACAGAAGCUAUGAUGGCCUAUAGUCACUUGCAAGGCCCGUCAUCUAUUUCACUCUAUGGCCAGCUACAGAUCAACUCCCUUGACGGUAGUUAUCUUUCCGGCUUAUUCCAGAAAGGUGCAUUAUUUUAACUCCUACAGUCAUUGUCUUUUAACCCUUUACUUGUUUUUCUUUUUGCCUCAGUCCAUUUCUUGCGUUUAAGCACUUUGGUGCAGCUCAGCCGUCUGUAAAUGCGCUUAAGAAAUAAAGAUUGACCUGACUUGACUCGUUGUAAUCUGAAUUACAAUAACACGUUGUCCUCCAUACAGA